AUGUCUGCUACAUUCGGCGUCGCCCUGGUCGUCGGCGGCUGUGGCUACCUGGGCUCCAAUCUGGUCAAGGCCCUGCGCGCAGAGUCGCCGUGCACCGCUGUCCACGUUGUCAGCCGGAACCCAGAGCAGAACCGCUUCACAGAGGUUGUCUACCACGCAGGAGGCAUCUCUGAUGCUCCUCAGGUGGCUGACAGUCAACAACUCAAAUAUCUUGCCGGCGGCUGUCAAUGGGACAUUACCAAGGCAGAGCAGAAAUUGGGCUACCAGCCGGUGACAGACCAAGAUGCAACGAUCAAGAAGGUUGCCCAGGCAGAGAUCAAGCGACUGGCUAUUGUGAAGAAGCAAAUCUAA